AUGGACAAAACCGAGCGAGAGACACGAGAGCUCAUGAACGUCGACUCCUUCUCUCAACUCCCCUUUCUCCGCCCCACACUAUCUCCACCGCCUCUCAAGGAAAAACCGAGCCGAGCCAUUAGGCUUUUCGGCCAAGAAUUUGGCUUCAACGACAACAACAACACAGACUACCAAUUGAACCUUACCGAAAACAUUAGCUGCGCACGAGACAAUCUCCCGAGCACGGAAACUCUUGAAAACACAGAGACUAUAUCCAACCGGAAAUUCGAGUGCCACUAUUGCUGCAGAAACUUCCCGACUUCUCAGGCGCUCGGCGGGCACCAGAACGCGCACAAGAGGGAACGGCAGCAGGCCAAGCGGGCCCACCUUCAGCCCGAUGCCUCUCAUGUUUACGGCUUGAUGGGCUACAAUCGGGCCGGCCUGCUAUCGGGCCCUACACUUCCGGUGGCCCACAGCCCUUGGAGUGCCAACAGCCUAUAUGGCAGUGCCAUGAGGCUCGCUAACGGGUAUGGCUACAGCUCGUAUAAUGCAGCUUCGACUCGUCAGCCGCAGCCGACGAACGGGAGCCCUAUGGGCUUAUGGAGAAUGCCUCAACACGGCCCGUCGCCAGCUCAGCAAAUGACGUUUGACGACCCGAAAGUAGCAUUGCCUUCGAUUAACGGUGUUAUUAUUCCUGCUUCUCAAAUGCAGUUCGGGUACGAAUCAAAGCCGGUCAUGCAAGAACACAUUGCACCGCCCGAGCACGAGGUCUACGGUCGCUCCCCCAAGUUUGAGGUCGAGGCCCGGCCCCUCGACAAGCUUGUCGUAGAUCUGAGCCGCGUCCGGGCCGAGAGCUUCGGGCUGAGAACAAUGGACGUUUUGAAAAUUCAAAAUGGUUCCACUGGGGAGGGGAGAUGA